UCUGAACUCUGCAAGAAUCAUGGCAGCAAAGCGUACAGCUCUACGUAUUUUGCGGGCGGGUUUUGCAAGAAGACGGCCUGUUGUUCAUCGAAGCUUUUCAGCCGCGAUACCAUGUCGGACAGAUGGCGUCUUCACGGCGCUGACAAAUGAGCGAGUUCAAAUACCCUGGGUAGAGGCGUUUCGUAAAGAGCAGGCCGAGAAAGCGACGGGUGGGAAGGCUGAUGGCGGAGGGCAGCAGCAGACGACGAAGGUCGAGCGGGAUUUGACGCCGAGGAAAAUGUCGGACAGCUAUCACAGUGUUAUUCUACCUCUCGCUCAAGACCCGUGGCUGCUGGACACCUACAUGAAUGCCACAGGACAAAUUCGCAUUGGCCAGCUACUAAUGGACCUCGACGCUCUCUCCGGAGUGGUAGCAUAUAACCACACCGGCGAUGGCGUCUCCACAGUCACCGCCGCUUGUGAUCGAAUCACGAUCCUCAACCCUCUGACCGAGAUCUGCGAUCUGGAGUAUAGCGGCCAAGUGACCUACGCAGCCGGCCGCAGCUCCAUGGAAAUCACCCUGCAAGUUGCCAAAGCGCCGAAAGACGGCGUCAAAGCUAAGUCAGAAGAUGUGAUGAUGAUUUGCCAAUUCACCAUGGUCUCUCUCGACCCUGCCACCAAAAAGCCCGUCAACAUCCCAGCAGUACGCACCGACACCGAGGAAGAAAAGCGACUCUUCUCAGAAGGAGAGAAGAACAGCAAACUUCGCAAAGCCCUUCUCCAACGCUCCCUCCUCAAGCAAACUCCCAACGACGAAGAGUCCGACCUCAUCCAUGCCAUCUGGCAGAAACAAUUGCAAUACCACGAUCCCAAUGAUCCUCUACGGCAGCCUGCGAAUGUCGUAGCAAUGGAGGCAACGAAACUCAGUACGGCGAGCAUCAUGCAGCCCAUCAAUCGCAAUCGCCAUCAAUUCAUGAUCUUUGGAGGAUUCCUGCUCAAGCAGACCUUUGAGCUUGCAUUCUGUUGUGCUGCUUCGUUCGCUCACGCGAGGCCGACAUUCGUGUCUCUCGAUCCAUCGACGUUCCAGAAUCCUGUCCCAGUCGGGAGUGUGCUGUACCUCACCGCAACAGUCGUUUACACCGACCCUCCCGUCGUGACCGGCGAAGCCGAUGCACCUUCCUCGACAGAAGCAGGCCGCACAAGGGUACAAGUUCGAGUCGAUACGAAGGUUAGAGAUGUCGAACAUGGUCAAGCAAAGCCUACGGGACAGUUCAAUUACACAUUUACCGUGGAGAGGGGAAUUCAGGUUAUGCCGAAGACGUAUUCGGAGUUUAUGAUGUACGUGGAUGCGAGGAGACGUGCGAAGAAAGUGGUGGAGAGUAUGAAGGACGGAGAGACGGAUGACGGGAGGGGAGAGAGGAUGACGGAGUAG